CGCGCAGCUCGUGAGACGCCGCGCCAGCCGGCACCAUGCGCCUGCGGCCGCUGCCCCUCGUCGUGGUCCCCGGCUUGCUGCAGCUGCUAUUUUGUGACAGUAAGAAGGUGGUGCAUGCCACAGAGGGGCUGGACUGGGAAGACAAAGAUGCUCCUGGGACAUUGGUCGGAAACGUGGUGCACUCAAGGAUCAUCAAUCCUCUGCGCCUGUUUGUCAAACAGUCUCCAGUCCCAAAGCCUGGACACUUGGCGUAUACGGACAGCAUGGAAAACUUUUGGGAUUGGCUGGCCAAUGUCACGGAGGUUCAGGAGCCAUUGGCAAGAACUAAACGGAGGCCAAUAGUAAAGACGGGAAAAUUUAAGAAGAUGUUUGGGUGGGGUGACUUCCAUUCCAAUAUUAAAACUGUUAAACUCAACCUCCUCAUCACAGGGAAAAUUGUUGACCAUGGAAAUGGAACCUUCAGUGUUUAUUUCCGACAUAAUUCCACAGGCCUAGGCAAUGUUUCAGUGAGUUUGGUACCCCCCUCCAAAGUAGUGGAAUUUGAAGUUUCCCCACAGUCUACCUUGGAGACCAAGGAAUCCAAAUCUUUCAAUUGUCGCAUUGAAUAUGAAAAAACAGAUCGGGCGAAGAAGACUGCCCUGUGCAACUUUGACCCAUCGAAGAUCUGCUACCAGGAGCAGACCCAGAGCCAUGUGUCUUGGUUGUGCUCCAAACCCUUCAAGGUCAUUUGCAUUUACAUUGCCUUUUAUAGUGUUGAUUAUAAACUUGUGCAAAAAGUCUGUCCUGACUACAAUUACCAUAGUGAGACUCCAUACUUAUCUUCUGGCUGAAUCGUUCCACAGUGAUAUAAAUGAGAGGUGAAUAUAUAUUUAAUUAGAAUGACCAAGAACCAAGCCCAACUCUUCAUGGUAAAGGAUCCCUUUUGUUUCUGGCAGUGAAACUUAGUUCCCUAUUAGGUUUUCAAAUU